GUGAGCUCCUAUGAGCUUCAUCACUCACAUAAGUGACAACAGCCUGAUUAGUUCAACUUCUUAUUUGUUUCAUCGUCUAAAGUUAACAAUCAGGAUGGCUGAUAGAGAAAGCAGACUUCAGACAAUAACCGUUUUAGGGACAAGCCCAUAAGAGGAAGGCCACCAUGAACAAUAAGCACAGGGUGAUAAAGAUUUUCAGCGAAUGGUGGUGGACCGAAAUCUAAAUUUUUCCUACAUCUGUAGUACUACGAACACAAAGCACCAAAGUACUCCUUUCCUAUAAAUAAUGGAUAGAUCUACUAAGCAGCACGUAUUCAGGCUCGAGCCCCAGAAAUAGUGUCUGCUUGAGAAGACGUGACCAAAUAGAUUAGCAUUUCAUCUUUCCACAAAUGAUUUCUUUCUUAUCCUGUCCAUUUACUCCUGAAGAGCACAAGAACUCUAAUGCGAGCUUCACAGAUGUAUAUGACAUGGCCGAUUUUUGUCUUCCCCCACUAAGACCAGCAGGGAAGCCACCAACAAUUGUCACCCUGAAUCUCCCACCCGUGAAAAUGUCAACCAGGCAUACACAAGCAUCUUCAUCAGCUGCAGCAAGUGGUCCAGCCCAUCUAAUCAGAGGCCCAAACAAAUAUGCAACCCCUCAUGCCCCAGUGGCAAGCAGCGGUACUAUUUUUCUCCCUCCACUGAUUGUUUCAGGGAAGAAAGCAGGAGGAAAAUGUAAUGUUCUCCCACCACUGAAUGCUGCAGGCAAACAAGCUGACGCAACACAGGAAGGACUUUAUUUGCAGAGCCCUCUUGAUAGAGCCCAAGCAGCAAAGAACAAAGGCAACAAGUACUUUAAAGCUGGGAAGUAUGAGCAGGCUAUUCAGUGCUAUACUGAAGCAAUCGGCUUGUGUCCCCCUGAGAAAAAUUCUGACCUUUCUACCUUUUACCAGAACAGAGCUGCUGCAUAUGAACAACUGCAAAAAUGGAAAGAGGUGGCCCAAGACUGCACAAAGGCAGUUGAGCUUAAUCCCAGAUAUGUGAAAGCACUCUUUAGGCGAGCAAAAGCACAUGAGAAACUCGACAAUAAGAAAGAGUGCUUAGAAGAUGUCACUGCAGUUUGUAUUUUAGAAGGCUUUCAAAAUCAGCAAAGUAUGCUACUAGCAGAUAAAGUUCUUAAACUUCUUGGAAAAGAAAAAGCCAAAGAAAAAUACAAGAAUCGGGAACCCCUGAUGCCUUCACCUCAAUUUAUCAAAUCCUACUUCAGCUCUUUCACAGAUGACAUUAUCUCCCAACCGCUUCUUAAAGGAGAGAAAUCUGAUGAAGAUAAGGAUAAAGAAGGAGAGGCUUCUGUAGUAAAAGAAAACUGUGGUUACUUAAAAGCAAAGAAAUAUAUGGAUGAAGAAAAUUAUGACAAAAUAAUUAGUGAGUGCACUAAAGAAAUUGAAGCAAAAGGAAAAUAUAUGGCAGAAGCCUUGCUGUUACGAGCCACGUUCUAUCUACUUAUUGGAAAUGCAAAUGCUGCCAAACCUGAUCUGAACCAGGUUAUUAGUAUGGAAGAUGCCAAUGUAAAGCUGCGUGCUAAUGCCCUAAUCAAGCGAGGAAGUAUGUAUAUGCAACAACAGCAGCCUAUGCUCUCUACUCAAGAUUUUAAUAUGGCUGCUGAUAUUGAUCCUCAAAAUGCAGAUGUUUACCAUCAUAGAGGGCAGCUAAAAAUUCUGCUUGAUCAAGUUGAAGAAGCUGUAGAAGACUUUGAUGAAUGUAUUCGUUUGCGACCGGAUUCUGCCUUGGCCCAAGCACAAAAAUGUUUUGCAUUGUACCGACAAGCCUACACUGGAAGUAAUUCUUUACAAGUACAAGCAGCAAUGAAAGGCUUUGAGGAUGUUAUUAAAAAAUUUCCAAGGUGUGCUGAAGGCUAUGCACUGUAUGCCCAGGCCUUAACAGAUCAACAGCAGUUUGGCAAAGCUGAUGAAAUGUAUGAUAAAUGUAUUGAUCUUGAGCCAGAUAAUGCUACUACAUAUGUUCAUAAAGGUUUACUUCAACUUCAGUGGAAGCAAGAUUUAGAUAAAGGUUUGGAACUUAUAAGCAAAGCAAUUGAAAUUGAUAACAAAUGUGACUUUGCAUAUGAAACCAUGGGGACAAUUGAAGUGCAAAGAGGCAAUCUGGAUAAAGCCAUUGAAAUGUUCAACAAAGCUAUUAACCUAGCCAAAUCUGAGACGGAAAUGGCUCACCUCUACUCGCUCUGUGAUGCUGCCUAUGCCCAGACAGAAGUAGCAAAGAAAUAUGGACUGAAACCACCAACAUUAUAGAAAAGCAAUAGGAUGGAAGUGAGCUUUUAAAAAAGUAAAGCUGUCAAUUUCUGCGUAGUCCUAAAGACACUGUUGCAGUGUGUUGAAUGGUGGAAGUUGGGUUUUCUUUCCCCUCAGUUCAUGGUGAUGUAAUUAUCUGUUAAAUGUUUAGUUGUUGUGGGAGUGAUUGUUCAAGAAAGUAAGCAGUUUGUUUUCCCUUGCAGCAGAUAAUUGUUAAAGGGAGAUUAAAACAGAGUUGCAAGGGGAUAAAGUAUGAUUUUGGCCAUGCAAAUAAAGACCUUUUUGAUUCAUUCUUUCACUGUACUUGUGCAGAGCUUGUAAUUUUGUUUUACAGCUUGUAAUUCUGUUGAUUUUAAAUUAAUAGUGCUGUCAAAUUUUUAUAUGGAAUCAAUAAAUCUCUUGGUUUUGAUUUUAGUGCUGCGAAAUGAAAAUGUACAUUGCAAAAUUGCUUAGUGCUAUGGAUUUUUAAAGACAAUUGUGGUUGAUUAAUCUUUUCAUGCAGUUACGAUGUGCAGAUCUUUCAUCUUUUAUAUUUUUCUGCUUCACUUGGGAAAUAACUACCCUCUGCCAAAAUGUUUUUAACAUGCUCUUCUAGUGCAUGGUUUAGCAAACUGCUUUAGAGAAUUCUACAUUUCAUUUGUCCUGCUUGGAUAUGGCGUAUAUGCCAAAACACAGCUUCGCCCCUCCCUUGAUUUGACUGUCAUUACAGAAAAAUCGUUUCAGGAGAGUAAAAAUGUUGCGUGGGUCCUGCCAGAGUCCUUGAAUGAUUCAGGUUGUUAUGCAAAUUGCUGUUCUACGUUUAGUCUUUGGGGUGGGAUUUACUUCACAGGGUCCCACUUGUUUAGAAACCAUGCUCUUAAAAAAGGUACAUUUUUAUUGAUGAUGCACAAAAUCUUCAUUUACAACAGUUUCUCUGUAGCUCUUUUUAAAAGGUCUACCUAUGCAUUAAAUAUGUUACUCUUAACCAAAUAUUGAGCUGUUCAUAGUAGCUACUGAAGCCAAUACAGAAUUUUUGAAGUUUCAUGUGCUACAAAAUUCAUUGCAGGACCUGUGCAAUUUAAUUUGGAUUUGUGUCUUAUUCCCAGUUCACAUAUAAAAAAUUAUUAUUUUGCUGGAGAUAGGUGUCUUUUUUUCUAAUACAAAUACUAUACUAACUUGGAGCGAAUAAAAACAUCUGAAUGUUUAAUUUAUGCUCAGUGUGUAAAGUCAGUUCCUGUUUUUUAAAAAACUGCUUUGAUAGUUUUCUUUCGGGAGUUAAGAUUUUCUGUUAAAUUAUCCCCUUUGGAUUUUGUCUCCUCCCUCGACUGUCAUCAUGUAUUCAAAUGGGUUUUUAUUUGCAUGGCUCUGACAUGUCUUUCCUGAAAGGAGUUAAGAAUUAAGCAUGUGCUGUCUAAUAACUAGCAUUCCAGAUCAUCACAGACUGUUGCCUGUUGUUCCAAUUUUUGAUCUGCACUGAAAGAAUGCAUAUGUUUGUUAUUUUUUGUAAAUGACUUACAUGUGUAAAGUCACCAAAUAAAUAUUACAUUCAAAUAA